AGCAACGGACCGGGCCGUGCCUUCCAGAGGGAGGCGGCGGCGGUAUAAAGCCGGCGACGGGGAGCAUGUAAUGUCGGAAUGCGGAGACCGCGGCGGCGGCGGCAGCAGCAGCAGCAGCGACGACGCCGAGGACGAGGGUGGCGGCGGCGGCGGCCCCGCGGGCUCCGGCUCCCCCAGCCCGGCCCCGGCCGGAGCCUCCUCAGCCGGCCGGCUCCGCCGCGGCCUCUGCGGCGCCUCCCUCAUGGCGCUCCGGCGGCCCGAGCUGCUCUGCGGGGCCGUGGCUCUCGGCUGCGCGCUGCUCCUCGCCUUCAAGUUCACCUGCAGUCGAGCAAAAGAUGUGAUAAUACCAGCAAAGCCUCCUGUCAGCUUUUUCUCCUCAAGGUCUCCGGUCCUUGACCUCUUCCAGGGGCAGCUAGAUUACGCAGAGCACAUUCGCCGGGAUUCAGAGGUGGUGCUGCUCUUCUUCUAUGCCCCGUGGUGUGGACAGUCUAUUGCUGCCAGGGCAGAAAUUGAGCAAGCAGCGAGUCGGCUUUCAGACCAGGUGUUGUUUGUGGCAAUUAACUGUUGGUGGAACCAGGGGAAAUGCAGAAAACAGAAACACUUCUUUUAUUUUCCUGUAAUAUAUCUGUAUCAUCGGAGUUUUGGACCAAUCGAAUACAAAGGCCCCAUGAGUGCUGUGUACAUUGAGAAGUUUGUCCGCCGGGUGAUGAAACCACUUCUCUACAUCCCAUCUCAAUCAGAAUUACUAGAUUUUCUCUCAAACUACGAGCCUGGAGUACUUGGCUACUUUGAGUUCAGUGGCUCACCCCAGCCUCCUGGUUAUUUGACAUUCUUCACUUCAGCAUUACAUUCAUUAAAGAAAGAUUACCUAGGAACAGUACGAUUUGGGGUUAUCACAAAUAAACAUCUUGCGAAACUGGUAUCCUUAGUGCACUCUGGAAAUGUGUAUUUACAUAGACAUUUCAACACAUCACUUGUCUUUCCCAAGGAGGUCAUGAACUACACGGCUGAGAACAUCUGUAAGUGGGCCUUAGAAAACCGGGAGACACUCCUUCGAUGGCUGCAGCCCCAUGGAGGCAAGAGUCUUCUGUUGAAUAAUGAACUGAAGAAAGGACCUGCACUUUUUUUAUUUAUACCUUUUAAUCCUUUAGCAGAAAGUCAUCCUUUAAUAGAUGAGAUCACCGAAGUGGCCUUGGAGUACAACAACUGUCACGGGGACCAGGUGGUGGCGCGCCUCCUGCAGCACCUGCGCCGGGUGGAUGCGCCUGCAUUCCAGCCCCUGACACCCGAGACCCCAGCCCAGCGGCCAGAGCCGCCGCUGAUUGCCGCCUCCCCCUGCUGCAACACCGUGGUUCUGCCCCAGUGGCACUCCAUCUCCAGGACCCACAACGUCUGCGAGCUGUGUGUCAACCAGACCGCUGCGGGGAUCAAGCCGAGUUUGGUCGACAUGCCACAGUGCAGCUUUUUUGAGAUGGCGGCAGCUCUGGAUUCUUUCUACCUCAAGGAGCAGACCUUUUAUCAUGUGGCAUCAGACAGCAUAGAAUGCAGCAAUUUUUUAAGUUCCUAUAGCCCUUUCAGCUACUACACUGCAUGUUGCAGGACCAUAAACAGGGGCUUCAUUGAUUCUGAACACAAUGUCUUAGAAACCCCAGCCUUUGCAUUUUCUUCCCUUGAGAAGAAAUGUGAGGUUGCUCCCCGAAGCUCCGUUCCUCACAUUGAGGAGAACAGGUAUCUCUUUCCUGAGGUGGACAUGAACAGCACAGACUUCACAGGCCUGAGCUGCAGAACCAACAAGACCCUGAACAUCUACCUUUUGGAUUCAAAUUUAUUUUGGUUGUAUGCAGAGAGGCUGGGUGCUCCGAGUUCCACUCGGGUGAAAGAAUUUGCCACAAUUGUUGAUGUGAAAGAAGAGUCUCACUAUAUCUUGGACCCCAGACAAGCUCUUAUGAAGUUCACCCUAGAGUCUUUUAUUCAAAACUUCAGCAUUCUCUACAGUCCCUUGAAAAGACAUCUUAUUGGAAGUGACUCUGCCCAGUUUCCUUCUCAGCAUUUAAUCACUGAAGUGACAACUGAUAUCUUUUGGGAAGUAGUCCUUCGAAAACAGGAUGUUUUGCUGCUUUAUUACGCACAGUGGUGUGGCUUCUGUCCAUCUCUCAAUCACAUCUUUAUUCAGCUCGCUCGUCUCCUGCCAGCAGAUACGUUCACCGUGGCAAGGAUUGAUGUUGCCCAGAAUGAUCUUCCUUGGGAAUUUAUGGUUGACCGUCUUCCUACCAUCUUAUUUUUUCCCUGCAACAGAAAAGACCUAAGUGUGAAAUACCCCGAAGACCUUCCCAUCACCCUUCCAAACCUGCUGAGGUUCAUUCUGCAUCACUCAGACCUUGCAUCUGCUCCCCAGAACUCGGCUGAUCCCCCUACCAAACAGUGUCUUCAGAGCGAGGCAGUCUUGCAGCAGGGCCACAUCUCCCAUUUGGAGAGAGAGAUUCAGAAACUGAGAGUGGAGAUCAGCACUCUUCACCGAGUGCAAGUGCAGGUGGAGGCCCAGCUCUCCAGUGCCCGCCGCGACGAGCACCGGCUGCUGCGGCAGAAGCAAACCCUGGAGAAGCAGCACCGCCUGCUCCAGCUGCACAGUGAGCAGCUGCAAGCCCUGUACGAGCAGAAAACCGGCGAGCUCGAGGAGGUGGCCCGCAAGCUCCAGGAGCUGGCCGACGCCUCGGAGAACCUCCUCACCGAGAACACGUGGCUCAGGAUCCUGGUGGCCACCAUGGAGAGGAAGCUGGAGGGCAGGGAAGGAGCUGGGGCUCUCACUCCUCCAGCAGAGGUGCACUCUGACCACCCCGAGGCCUCGGGUGCUCCCCAGUUACCUGCCAGCACCCCACCACCUUCCAACGUCAGCUCCACGGUGGCAGCCGAAAGUAGUAAUGAGAACAGGACAGAUUAAUGUUUAAAAUGACAUGAAGAAAUCAGAGGUGAAAACUAUAUUGGGAAUAUAUUUAUGCAAAUUUUAUUGAAAUUUAUUGUAAAUAAAGAUUUUCUCAGUGGUCUAGAAAAUCA